AGCUUGAGGCAGAUCUUGGGGCAAGACGAUGGUAUAGCGGGCCGGGGAGCUGCGAGAUGCUCCUGGGGUUUCGUAGGGGAGGAGGGAGCGGAGAGCGUGUAACAUGGUAGUGCUGCACCAGUGCUCACAGCUGGAUGGGGUUUCAUCUCCCUCCACUCUCUUUUUCUCGUUUUUAGGAGUCAGAGUGUGUAACCACCUUUGCCCACCAGACUGUGGAAUAUGAAAUUGCCCCUGCACAUGGUUAUGAGCUUUAGGGUAUCAGAAUUACAAGUCCUCUUGGGCUUUGCUGGAAGGAACAAAAGUGGAAGGAAGCACGAACUGCUCACAAAGGCAUUACAGCUGCUUAAAUCUGGCUGCAGCCCGGCUGUUCAGAUGAAAAUUAAAGAACUGUACCGGCGGAGGUUCCCAAGGAAGAUCUUAACCCCUUCAGACUUGUCAAUGCUCCACAUUCAGGCAGGGCAGCUGCCCUCUGCCACUGCACUGACUCAGGGCACGGUGUGUCAUUUGCCCUAUGAGCACAGCUCAGCGGCGACCGCGGUGCCGGCAGCUAUGCUGCCUCCCGUGCCUAUGCUGGGACCCAAGCACGAGACAGACGUUCAGCACUUAUCGCCACCCAUCCACCCAGUCCACCCAGAUGUCAAGAUGAAGAGGCUGCCCUUCUACGACAUUUAUGAUGAGUUGAUAAAACCUACCACGUUAGCAUCAACAAACAGUCAACGGUUUGAAGAAGCUCACUUCACCUUUGCUCUAACCCCUCAGCAAGUUCAGCAGAUCCUCACCUCCCGGGAUAUCUUACCAGGUGCCAAGUGCGAUUACACUAUACAGGUACAAUUAAGGUUCUGCUUGUGUGAAACCAGCUGUCCCCAAGAAGAUUACUUCCCUCCUAAUUUAUUUGUCAAGGUCAAUGGAAAACUCUGUCCCCUGCCUGGUUAUCUGCCACCUACAAAAAAUGGUGCUGAGCCGAAACGACCGAGCCGCCCUGUCAAUAUCACUCCGUUAGCGCGACUUUCGGCGACUGUCCCGAACACGAUUGUAGUGAACUGGUCCUCAGAGUUCGGCAGGAACUACUCUCUAUCAGUUUACCUGGUGAAGCAGCUCACUUCGGUAACCCUGCUUCAGAAGCUAAGAGCCAAGGGCAUCCGAAAUCCAGACCAUUCACGAGCCCUGAUCAAGGAAAAACUAACAGCUGAUCCUGACAGUGAGAUAGCUACAACAAGCUUACGAGUUUCCCUCAUGUGUCCACUGGGUAAGAUGCGGCUGAUUGUGCCCUGCCGAGCCAUUACAUGCACCCACCUCCAGUGCUUUGAUGCAGCCCUCUACCUUCAAAUGAAUGAGAAGAAACCCACGUGGACUUGUCCAGUGUGUGAUAAGAAAGCCCCCUAUGACAACCUGAUAAUUGAUGGGUUGUUCAUGGAAAUCCUGAACUCCUGCACAGACUGCGAUGAGAUACAGUUCAUGGAGGAUGGCUCCUGGUGCCCCAUGAAGCCGAAGAAGGAGAACCAGGAGGUGUGCCAGACAUCUGCGUUCAGUGGGAUCGAGGCCAGCUCCCUUUACACUGUGAGCUCUGAGGGCAAGAGCUCCUCUGAGGGCAAAAAGAAAGUGGAGGUUAUUGAUCUCACUCUGGACAGCUCGUCGGAUGAGGAGGAGCCACCUGCCAAGAAGCAGUGCCCGAUCUCCAGCAUGGCUCUUCCGGCAGCAGCCGGGCCCAAGGGGGUGUUAAGUAUUGAUCACCAGCCGUCUUCUGUGCUUCGAAGUCCUCCCAUGGCAGCUCUUAGCAGUGACUAUCUCUCCAACCUCCCCAUUCCUGACUACCACCCUUCAUACCAGGUGCCAGCCGAGCUUCAAGGUCUGGAUUUGUUUUCCUUCCUUCAAAGUGAAAACCAGCAUUACAGCCCUUCCGUGAUCACCUCCCUGGAUGAGCAGGAUACGCUCAGCCAUUUCUUGCAGUACAGAAGCACGUCUAGCCACUUCAUGAGUAUGAAUCCCCUGGCCCCUGUGAUGGCAGGAUCUCACAGUGCUGUCAGCCCGGCCAGCAGCCGCAUCAGCAGCAUCGUCUCCACCAGCGCGCUGCGGGAGAGCCAUGGACACAACGGCACAAUAAGUAGCAACGCCGCACUCCCGGGCUGCAGGCCAGACAUCAUUUCGCUGGACUAACCCCACACCCAGCCCAUGCUGGUGGCUGUUAGUCCCUCUGCCAGGGAGGGGAGACAAGGGCAGGUUUCCAGGAGCUGCUUUAGGACUGGUUUCCCUGUCUGGGAUUGGAAGGACCUGACUGCUAACCAUUCAGUUGUGUCUCUCCUCUCUUGAUUGAGGCAUUUUUCCCCGAGGAGCCAGGGCCCCCCAGGCCUUGGGCUGGUGGUUUCCAGUCUACCUAUGUUAAGAAGGAUGUGUCCUGCAGCUGUAUGUGUGCAUGCACACACGCCUUAGCACGCUGGGAUGGGGGCUGGGGAGUGCCUCUUUCCAAGGGGUUAAGCAAACCCCCUGACUUUAAAGUAUUUUAAAACCAUUUAUAUGAUGUAGGAUUCUGCUACAGGUAUCCAAGUACUGAUAAUGAUAAUUCACCUGCCCCCUUUUCCGCUGGAGCAGUGCCUGCUGGCCAGAAGCAGGGCAGUGCAUCCUGCUCUCUUCCCUCCUCCAACUGCACCAAAUCCCAUGUGGCCCCUCACUUGCUGGUGAGGCUGGAUCUGGGGUCUUGGGACUGUUCCUGCCUUGAUGGUUGUCCUCAUUCCCCAGCCUUCCCUGGAAGGAAAAGGAGCUCCAGCCUGGUGCUGGGGCAGCGAAGGGCUGGGAAGGAGGUAGGUAAGACUGCGGUGAUGCUCUUGGUGUGCUACAUCGCGGUGCCAACCCGCUCAGGGCUGAACGAACCGACUGGCUGCGAAAGGGACGCUGCGACUGAGCCCUGCUCCGAGGAUCCUCGAUCCCGAGGGCGUGAGGUGCGGGCGGAUGUUUGCCAGCCGAAGCCGUGACCACAGCGGAUAGGCCCCUGUGAGGAGCCCAGGCUGACGGGGCAGCUUCCUCUCAGCUCAAAAUCCAUCUCUAAUCCAAGAGCCAGAGGCCCGAAAGGGACUGCGGAUCUAGUCUGAGCCCUGCCCCGAAGCAGGAUCUCUACCAGUGUCACUCCUGACAGACGCUUGCAUUGUCUGUGCUUAGAGGGGGGAAGGUAUGACCUUCCUGCAAAACUUGCUUCCCAAGCCCUGACUGUAAAUUACUCGUUAUUUUUAAAGGAACAAGGUGGUGGGGGAGAGAGCAGACCUGAGCAGGGCUGUGUGCGAGGAGAUGGGUCACGUGCUCGUUGGGUGAGUGACCCAGGAAGGAAACCACCCCCAGCCCUGUACGAUCAGCCAUGUCCCCGGCUGCAGUUUCACCUAUGGCUCCUGCCGGAACUUGCCGUUUUGUGGAUUUGGGGAGGGUUAGUGACCGAGACAGAGCCAUGAGGGGCUCUGGAGAAGACAUUACAAGUACCCUGGCCACGCUGUUGCCUUCUGCCCGUCCCUUUCUAGUGACGUUGGGCUUGGUGCUGUCUCAAUUGUAAUUAUGAUGGUUUGUUUGUUUUUUUUAAUGUAGAUUUGUUUUCCUCCUUUUAACUAUUUCCAAUACAGACCUGUACAGAGAACAAAUAGAUUAUCUAUAUUUUCAGUUGCAGCUUUUUUGUACAUAUAAAACUCCAAAGAAUUCCCUGUUUCUGUAUCUAUGUGAGGACUAAAUGAAGGUUGUGUUGUCUCCACCGGGGAUAACACUUCACCCAUUGCACAAAUUAUUUAUGUAUUUAAAUGUAUACUUUAGUUUGUAACCUUUAUAGCAUUGUACCUGCUGCUUUGUGAGCGUCCUGCCUAAGCGGGGGCUGGCCAGGCUAUGCCAUGUCCCUGCUGCCACGCGCAUCUCCUGAUUUCUGCAGCACGAGGCACAUGGGUGUUGCGCAAGGCAAGGCCAGGCCGGAGAGUGGAGAGGUAUCACAUGUAGCAAUUUUUGGCACCUUUUUUUUUUUUUUUUAACUGCUCCAUUACUGAAGGUAAAAGCAGAGCGCCUUCCCAUGCCUGUGGGGAGGGACGGGGGAGCAGCGUGCAGUAUUCUGCUUGGACAGUUCCCUAUUUCUUGUAUCGUAACCACAGUAAAUAUUUCGAUGCAAUAAAGUCGUAAAUCCCAAG